ACUUCUCCACUGAGCCCUCAGGAGAGUGGAUGGAGGACUGCAUGGGGACUGCACGCUGCACAGUGAACGGGUUUUCUCUGAAAAACACCUCAUCAGCGAUUUGGAAACACAAUUGCAAAUACGCAGCGAAGCCAUGUAGACUUCGGACAUUUAGGCAAGUUAUUUUAUGUUCUGCAAAGCUCUUUCGUGAGUUGCCGUUACAAGUGAUCUGAAGCCUGCUAUGGAGGACCUCUUGAGUCAAAAUGAAUCUGAGCACUGACAAUGUCACAAACUUGUGGAAAAAUGGUUCCUCGGAACUCGGCGGGAUUCCGAACGCGUCCUCCCCGGUCAACUUCAUCAACAGCUCCGGGGGGAACCAUACGGAGGUGGACCUCACCCGUGCCAUCCCGCUCGGCUUGGUGCUGGGGGCUUUCAUCGUGUUCGCCAUCGCGGGCAAUAUCCUCGUCAUCCUCUCGGUGGUGUGCAACAGGCACCUGCGGACACCGACAAACUACUUCAUCAUCAACUUGGCCAUCGCCGACCUGCUGCUGGGCACCACGGUGCUGCCGGUGUCCGCCACUCUGGAGAUCUUAGACUACUGGGUCUUUGGUAGGAUCUUCUGUGACAUUUGGGCUGCGGUGGACGUGCUGUGCUGCACCGCGUCCAUCAUGAGUCUGUGCGUAAUAUCCAUCGACCGCUACAUCGGAGUGAGCCACCCGCUCCAGUACCCGAGCAUCGUGACAGAGAAGCGGGCUCUGUUGGCCAUGCUCGGUGUGUGGGUGCUGUCGGUGGUCAUCUCCAUCGGACCUUUGCUCGGGUGGAAGCAGCCGCCGUCGCCGGACGACACGGUCUGCCCCAUCACCGAGGAGCCCUUUUACGCGCUGUUCUCCUCCCUCGGUUCCUUCUACAUCCCUCUCAUCGUUAUUCUGGUCAUGUACUGCCGGGUGUACAUAGUCGCCAAACGGACCACUAAGAACCUGGAAGCCGGGGUGAUGCGCGAGAGGAUGAACUCCGGUGAACUGACCCUCAGGAUCCACAAGGGUUCACAGGUGCACGAGGAGGCCAUCAAUGCAGGCACCGGCAAGGGCCGCGCGAACCAAGCGAGAAGUUCCCUCACGUUAAAACUUCUGAAAUUCUCUCGGGAGAAGAAAGCGGCAAAAACGUUGGGAGUUGUGGUCGGCAUGUUUACGCUUUGUUGGCUGCCCUUCUUCCUCGCCUUACCCAUAGGGUCUUUUAAUGUGAACUUGCGCCCACCUGAACUCCUCUUCAAAGUGAUCUUCUGGCUGGGCUACUUCAACAGCUGCCUGAACCCCAUCAUCUACCCCUGCUACAACCGUGAGUUCAAGCUGGCCUUCAUCCGCAUCCUCCGAUGCCAGUGUCACCAGCGCAAGCAUCCCGGCUGGAGAGCAUACAAUUACCGCUCCUCCAACUUCAGCUCCUCCGGACACUCUCGCAAAGGCUCAGCGGAUCACAACUCCGGCUGCUUGAACGGCAGCCAGCGUACUCUGCCCUCCUCAGCCAGCCCGAGCCCCAGCUACCUGAGCAAGGGUCUCCCAUCUUGCCCUGAAGGGGAAACAUUAUACAUCUGGGGGGGCACCACCCCAACUCUCUCCUCACCCAACCUGCUGCCUGGCAGCCCUAUAGACUGCCAGCCAGGAGCUGGGAGAGGGGAGGUAAGAGAAGGAAAACCAGCGGAGGAGACCACUGGUGGUAUUUUCUCUUUCUCCUUUGGGAAGAAUAGAGACAAGGGAGGGACCAACAAAGACAGCAUGGUGCCUGAUGACAUGGUGUGACUGCUGGGUGUCACUGAGAUGUAACUCGUUCACUACUUGUAGGGAUUUAAGUCACAGAGCGUGGGUGUCUGAUUUGACAGAUUUGCUGCCUUCACUGUACAUGUUCAUUCAUCAGUGGAUUGUCGCUGUCAUUAGUGCUCAAUAUAAGGUGAUGGUAACUGAGUAUUGUCUAUGCUGCUGUAUCGGAGGUGUUUUGUCCUAUGUAACUGUAUAUGUGGUUGACAUAGACAGGAGGGUUUAUUUCAGUGAACAGUAACGGGUUCAAGACAGUGUAUCAAAAUCACUGUGUAUCCCUCUUUGGGAUGGAAAGACACCAACCAGUGCAUGCAUUUUGAUCAAACAAAAAUCAUUUUUUCAAGCAAAAAGGACACAUUUUUAGAAACCCAGGACAGUUUCCUCUCAGUUAAAGCCCCACGUCUGGCCUGUAAAAAGACUGACAAAGAGCCUGACUCGUGUAAAAUGUGUGAUAAGACAAACAAUCACCUUUCUGUUGCAGUCACUUGAUAUCUUCAUGGUCUGUUGUGGAAAUAAAGUAUAACCUGGUU